AUGUUUCAAGAAGUAAGUUACUGUAGAAUACGUACAGUAUUACUGUAUUUUUAAAGGAGCAACAAUCUGAAACUCAUGAAUUGGCUAAACAAAUGAUAACAAGAAUUCAGUUAUUUGGAAGUUGUGAAGGAUUUUCAGAUGAGGAUUUGGAGGAUAUUCUGAAUAAGGUACUGUAGAAAAUAUUAAAGAUUUUCAGGGGGAAAAUAUGUUUUGUAGGUGAAACUGAUCUUCGAGCCGCUUCCUGCGAUGAUCGAAAUUUGUUCUCCGGUUAUCGUUUUUGGAGAUGUUCAUGGACAACUUUCAGAUAUGUUAAGGUUAGUGAAGCCACGUUUUAAUGAAAGUUUGAAAUAUUCUCAUGUAUUAUUCGAAAAAAUGUUUUUUUUUUCAGCUUUAUUGAUAAAAUCGGUCGUCCUCCAUCUUAUCAAUAUUUAUUUCUUGGUGAUAUUGUUGAUCGUGGAACUCGUUCACUCGAAACAAUUUUCUGGAUUUUUUGCAUGAAAAUUCUUUAUCCUGAUAAAAUCCACGUGAUUCGAGGAAAUCACGAAGUUCGUCGAGUCAACGCAUUAUAUGGUUUUCGAGAAGAAAUGUCGCGAAAACGAAGUGUUUCGAUGUGGAAAAUUGUGAACGAUGUGUUUUCAGAGAUGCCGAUUUGUGCUAAUAUUAAUCGGAAGAUUUUAUGUAUGCAUGGUGGAGUCAAUUCUAAAAUUGAGAAUUGGGCCAGUUUGGAGAAUUUGAAGGUUUGAGUUUUAGAAAUCUUUAAAAUUUUAAUUAAAUGUUUCAGAAACCACGAAAAUUUUCUGAAUGUGAAGAUGGUCUGACUGUUGAUCUUUUGUGGGCGGAUCCUAAUAGAAAAUCGGACGAAUGUAAAUUCAAUACGGUAAGUUUUUCACAUUUUAGAUACAUUCACAAAUCUUGUUUUCAGAAGCGUGGAAUCUCGACAUAUUUCAGCAAAUCUGCUGUCCAUGAUAUUUGUUCAGCAUUAUCGAUUGAUUUGAUAAUUCGAGCACACGAAAUGAAAAUCGCAGGACAUGAAUUUCAAUUUGAUAAUCAACUUCUCACUAUAUUUUCAGCACCACAUUAUUCUGGAAAUAAUGAUAAUUCAGCAUCAAUUGCAAAAAUUAGUAGAAGUUUGAAAUUGCAAAUUAUGACAUUGAAACCGAAAAUGGGAUUGAAUGAAAUGAAAGCUGAAAAAGAGGGAAGAAGAAAGAAAUUGAACUUUUUUGAUCCGGAAGAUAGAAAACAUAGAAGUCAGUUCUGAAAAGUUGAAAAAAACUAUUGUGAAUUUUCAGGAUUAUGUCAUGCUUAUGCUGGUUCUACUGAUUCUUCUUCAACAAUUCCUAGCUUGAGAAAAUUCCUUGAUUUCAAUGUUAUGCAUGGUCACGAUACGAAAUAUUGUCAAACAGUUGGAGAUACUUCAGGUCAAAAUAGUCGAGAAAGCAGCAUGGAAAGCAUCGAUCCAUUGGAUUCAGUGAGAAGAGCCAGCAGACGUGCAAAAAUUCCUGGAAAAGCAGUCAAUUUGCGAGAUGAUGAUAUGUCAAUUCAAUCGAUUCGUCAGAAAUUGGGUAUUCUUGCGGCUGAAGCAAAUAAGAGUUCGGCAGAAGAUUCGUCACUUAUGGUUCCAACUAAAUCCGCUACACCGACACCAAAAAAGAAAGAUGAAUGA